AUUAGAUUAGGGAUGAUAAAUUUUGCAGUUGGCAAGCUCGGCCCUAGCUAGCGACAUCUUUUGUCCCUAGACAGAGUAAAGUUGCACGACCGCAGCGCUCCUGGCAGAGGCGAUAGGAGGCAUAUGAUCAGAGAAAGAGAAGAAUCAGUUUCCUCUCAAAGGUUAUCCAAGUUCCGUGUUUGUCAAACGGCUUGACAAUCAUGGACAAUCAGUUCAUUAGCAACCGUGGUGGCCGUUGGUUGGUCGGUCAAUCGUUCCUCAUGCGUGUCAUUGUACGAAUACAUUAGCUUUUGUCGCCGCCACACUACGUACACACACACACGUACGCACAAAACACAUACGCGCGCGCACGUACGCCCGUCUGCGCGCCCAUCGUAGCAGAAGGGAACACGAGCAAGCCAUUUGUUCCUCCUCCGACGUUUUCCGUCGCACGCGAAGUGCCGCCCAUCAUCGGGGUAUGUCGUCGCGAGGCCGUGCAAUACGGUAAAAUGUUGCUGCCCGACCGAGAUUGUUCGCUGACAACCAGGUGAAGAUGGAAGAUGACGCUGACCUCAGGGAACAGUUGUUUCACAACACCGUGCGUGAGAACAUAAUAUACCUGCUGCUUUUCCUGCUGCUAUACAUAUCGAGCUAUGCGCUGAUCGCGCGUUUUAGACGCCGGGAUCGCGAGGACUAUCUGUCGGUGGACGAGGAUGAGGCCACCGUAUAUAGGAUCAGCCUAUGGCUGUGCACGGUCGCCCUGGCGAUUUCCGUCGGCGCGACCCUCCUACUUCCGGUGUCUAUCGCCAGUAAUGAGGUCCUCAUCCUGUACCCGAACAGCUACUACGUCAAGUGGCUCAACAGUUCCCUUAUCCAAGGUCUAUGGAACCAUGUGUUCCUAUUCUCGAACUUAUCGCUCUUCGUGUUUCUGCCUUUCGCCUAUCUCUUCACGGAGUCGGAGGGUUUCGAAGGCCAUAAAAAGGGCGUGAUGGCAAGGGUGUACGAGACGGUGACGGUUCUUUGUCUCUUGGGUACCCUCGUACUGGGAAUGACCUAUGUCUUGUCGGCCCUGUUAGAUUAUCAAAACUCAAGUUUGCAUACUUUGCUCAAUUUAUGGAGUUAUUAUUUGCCUUUUCUCUACUCCUGCGUCUCAUUUGUCGGUGUAGUAAUGUUAUUACUAUGCACACCAGUGGGAUUCGUGCGACUGUUCGACGUGGUGGGGUCGUUUCUUGUUAAACCCCAAUUUCUGAAGAACUUGGAUGAGGAGUUCUUUGCAUACAGAUUAGAGGAAGACUGUAUUCGCAGAAGAUUGCAGCACGUGAAAGCUACGGGGAAGUCGUACGUAUCGCCGGUGCCGAUGUCGACGGCAGCGAGCUGCGCCUGGUCAACGCACGAGGACGACGAGCCACUAUUGUGUAUAAGUCCAGGUCUUCUGUGCCUAAAGAACGGUGCUCUGCAAAAGGGUCUUUCUCAACGACUGGACGACGUCCAGAAGCGGCGACAGCUGUUGGAUCAACAGCGGAGGACUUGGUGGGUCCGGCGCACGCUACUUUACCCUGUGGCGAUGCUGGCGUUGCUCGUUUUGUCCACCGCUACUGCUCUAUUAGCGGUGCAAAAUACUUUAGAAUUGCUGAUAGGCAUCAAGGCAUUACCGUUAAGCACGAGGCAAUUUACGCUCGGUAUCAGUUCGCUGUCCAAGCUCGGGCCCGUCGGUGCGGCCAUUGAGGUUGCGGUGAUCCUUUACUUAGCUGUGACUAGCGCGAUCGGCUUGUAUGCCUUACCGGGCGUGAGAAUCGUCCAACCAAGAUUUCGCUCCACUCCACUCACCCAUCUCAUCGCGAAUUGCGCCCUUUUGCUCGUUCUAAGUUCGGCGUUACCGCUGUUAUCGCGAAUAUUAGGGAUGACAAACUUUGAUCUGCUGGGUGAUUUCGGCCGCAUCGAGUGGCUUGGUAACUUUAAGCUUGUACUCCUUUAUAAUCUGAUCUUCGCGACGGCGGCGAUCAGCUGUUUGACCACUAAGUUCACGGCGACCGUGCGCAAGGAGAUCUAUGCCCGUCUGAGAAGCAGCCUGCUCGGCAUCUUCAGAACUACCAGCGUCACCGCUGACGCGAAGAAAUCAUCGUCAGGGAUGUUUUCUAUGAAGGAAGAUUAGACUGAUUUGUUAUAUUAUUAUGUAAUUAAUAUAAACAGAGAGAGAAAAGAGACGCCGGGACCUUGCGAAAGUUUGCCUGGUUUUUAUGGUUCUUGUAUGUCAGAGUUACAAGGACCGUCUCAAGUUUCUCGAAGACGUGAGAAAUUUAUAUCGUACGACGUAUGUAGGAAAGCGGUUGCAGAGUUCGAAUUUGCAAGUCUUUGGACGUGCCAAUCCUUUGAUGCUCUUGAGCUCUUGGACCCCUGGACUGUUAGACUCUCACCUACUCGAGUGAUCACGCCGAAAUUCUCCGUAUUUUCGUAUUCCAAGAUUCUGAAACUUCUUGUUUUAAUUGUUCUUUGAAAACUUUUUUUUAAUUUUUUUAAGAAUUUAUGAAAAUCUAAAUAUAUUAAAUAUAUGAAAAUAUAUUUAAAUAAGAGUGUCUUGCUUUAUGUCUAAGAGAUUGGCUUUUCCAAGGAACUAAAUAUCGAUUACGUUGAAACGUAAUCUCGAGAUAUCCUUUUCUCUUUUAAGAUCCAGGCACUUUUUUCAGUCGCGCGUAUUUUAACUCUCGCGCCAUCGUUGAAGAGCCACCGAAACUUUCGCGAGAGCCUAAAAAUUUAUCGCUUAGACGUAAGCGAACGCUAGUGAUUAUUUGUAAUUAAGACGCGCGAGGCCAGUCAAAGACAUAGUCCGAUAAGAACAAGGCGAUCACAUUCGUAAUAUGUAGCGUUAAAUAUUUAUUUAUUGCAUUAACAUACUAUUUUUAAGAAUAUAUUUAUCCAGGCCUGGGACGAGAACCCAGCAAUCUAGUAUAUGUAUAUAUAUGUGUCGCCAUGAAAUUUAUUUAUAGCGGAUGUAAUGACUGCAAAGAGGAUAUAAUACUGAUUUAUUUUAUGCAUGCAUAAAGCGGCCCCUAGAUGCUCAAUAUUAUUGCAUAAUAUUAUUGAUCGCCUGGAGAUUUGUAUUGAGAGUUUGUACAAUAUAUCGUGCAAUAUAUUGUGUCGAUUUGUGGAGAUUUGGUAUUGCACAUUAUCAUUGCUUAUUUAAGAGCUAUAUUGAAAGCUUGUACAAUAUAAUUCUUUGAAAUAUAUUGUGCAAUUUGUUUCCACUAAAUCUUAGCUUGCUCGGUGAUCAAACAUUGAUUAAUUCUUGUCAUAAAUAUUUUGUCGCUACACAAAAUAUUAAACAAAAACAAAUAAUGAUUGCAAGUGUUGUAAGCAUUAGAAACGCGUUUAUAAGUGUUUUUUUCAUGCUCAAUUAAAUAUUUCAGACUUAAAAUCAUGUCAUUAAAAGUUAUUUCAUCAAUUAACAUUAAUUGUAAUAAUAUGGUCUAUUUUAACGGUAAAAAUCAGCGUCGAGUAUCAUAAAUUGGAAAUAUAUUGCAAUAGUAUCUAUAAAUAGCCCAAUAUUUUACAAAUUGCACAAUAUAUUCCAAAAAACUUCUGAUUGACACAAUAUAAUGCAUAAAUAUAACCUACAGAUGAUCAAUAUUUUAUAUUAAGUCAUUCAAAUUGAAUUCUAAAAAAUAUUGUAGAAAAAUAUUGAGCGUCUAGGGGCCACUUAAUAUGUUGAAUAAAAUUUUUCAUCAAUAUAACGGGCAAGAAUUUAUCCUCCGCGAAAAAAAUCUUCGACAAAUCUUCGCUUUCAAUCGUCUCCGUUUUACAAUUUCCAAUCGUCGUGCAUAGAAGGAAAUGCAGUUUUAAUUUAAAUAAUAAACUUUAAUAACUGCUCGAGAUAAAAACCUAAGAAAUAUCAUUAAUUAGAUUGUAAUAUAAAAGCGUAAGGAUUUGUUUAACAAUAUCUCGUGCGGAAUACGUAAUGUUCUUAGACUGAAUGAAUCACAAUAAAAUGAGAUUUUAAGAGACUUAUACAUACUCUGAUUGUAUAAAGUGUGUACAUUAUAACAAAUCGCAUAAAUUUUUUUAGAUAUUUGCGAUGAAAUGAAAGAA